ACGAAAGCAUUGAAAUCUAAACCGUUUUUAUAUUAAAUCUUUUUUUUCCCCCGCACGUGGUAAAGUCUGAACUAUUGAUGCACGUCAGGCCGGUGAAGAUCAGACUGGAGUAAACAAUAAGUUUGGUGGUUAUUUAUUAAUGUGGUGGGGAAGAAAAAGCUCCAAGUGCGAUCAGGAUCAGCAAAUCUCAUUCCUGACUGUGUUCAUUUCACCAAGAGUCAAUGCGGUUCUGCACUUUGUGGAAACAGGUUCUGCUUUCUCCUAAGUAUCGCUUUCUCUGGAGGAUGGAGGCUGCAAGAAGUCAGCAAAGAAUGACCUCGUCACAUCCUGUGGCAGCUGUGUGUCAGAUGACCUCCACCCCUGACAAGGAGGCGAACUUCACCACAUGCAAACGUUUGAUCGAGCAGGCCAAGGAGGGUGGCGCAAGCAUGAUCUUUCUCCCUGAGGGUUUUGAUUACAUCGGUUCCAGUCGAGAGGAGACCCUGCAGCUGUCCGAAAGCCUUCAGGGUGACAUCAUUACCAGAUUCUCCCAGUUAGCCAGGAAGCUGCAAGUGUGGCUGUCUCUGGGAGGUUUCCAUGAAAGAGGGCACGACUGGGAGAACGACAGACGCAUCUACAACAGCCAUGUCAUCAUUAAUGGCCAAGGUGAAAUUGCGUCUGUGUACAGAAAAGCUCACCUGUUUGAUGUAGAGUUAACAGGUAGAGGUGUGUCCCUUAAAGAGAGCGGCUUCACCAUCCCUGGAGCGAGCUUAGUGUCACCUGUUCAGACCCCCAUUGGAAAGGUGGGACUGGGGAUCUGCUACGAUCUGCGCUUCCCUGAGAUGUCCUCAGCUCUUCAGAGACACAGGGCUGAGAUACUCACUUAUCCAUCAGCAUUUACUGUGGCAACAGGCACCGCCCACUGGGAGGUUCUCCUGCGGGCCCGAGCCAUUGAGACUCAGUGUUAUGUAUUGGCUGCUGCUCAGGUUGGAGCUCAUCAUGCAAAACGCUCAUCAUAUGGACAUUCCCUAGCAGUGGACCCGUGGGGUGUGGUCAUGGAGGACUGUGGGGGGACGGAUGUGGGCGUGGCUUUGGUAGAGAUUGACAUGCACAAGCUGCAGGACACUAGAAGGGACAUGCCAGUACAACAGCACAGGAGGGAGAAAGAGUUCUACUCUGGUCUGGAUUGAACAGAGGCUCAAAACUGUAAUGAUACCUGAUGAUUUCUGAAAUUUGUUGGAGAUCCAACACUGUAUGAUUACACUCUGAAUUGCUUCAUUCUGAUCUUUGCAGCAUCCUGUUCUUGUAGUACUUGUGAAAAAUAGACUUCCUGUUUAAUUACAAGAUUGUUUUCCCAAUCGAUCUUUUCUUGUAGACAUCAAACACGUGUUUUUGUCUCUGCCAAAUUUCAGCACCAAUUUACACUUGUUUAACACAUUUAUUAACUUGGAUAAUUGAUAUCUAAUGUGGGUUGUUUUGACACUCAAACACACUUAAGAUCCAUUUGAAUGCCUGCUUCAUUUGUUGACAUUUAUUUGUUGAUGAGAUUUAUGUAACCUGUGGCAUAAUUUGUCUUCCAUUAAUAAAUCAAAAGCAACCAAA